GGGAGGAUGGUUAUUACCAAUUUGGGUCAUGUGCUGGAGAAGACAAAGAUAGCUGUGGAUUGGUGGGAAACUGACUCUACUGAACUCGUGGACUUCUACUUCUGUUCACAUGUGACCAGUGAGCAAACACCUGGACUGUCAGAAGGCUGGUCUCGUCCAAUCUACUGCUCCGACAUUUCCGGGAAACUACUCAGUCACACGUGUCAGAUCCCAGACAACAUGACGAUAGUUCUGAAGUAUAACAUACCAACCCGAAUAGAGGACUCCUUCACAGUCACCAUGCUAGAUUCCAACCACUGCAUGGGCUCCGCCAUGUUUCUAUUCGAGGGGACCUUUGGGAGAAUUCUUUACACCGGCAACUUCAGGUGGUACCCCGGCCUGACUUCCUCGCUGUCGGAUCUCGUUAUUGACACAGUGUACUUCGACAAUACGUACUCGAGGAAAGCAGCCAAGUUCAUGACACGCUCAGAAUGUAAAGAAAACGCCACCAACUUUUGUAGAUCGCAGUUGAGUCAGAGCAAGGUCCUGUAUUUCGUUCUUGACAACAUUGGUAAAGAAGACAUUCUGAACCAUGUGGCGGAAGCUCUGGGAGUUGAAGUGGUGGUUACAGAAGAUAAGUACCAGCUAGUGAAGUGUAUGGGACUCUCAAAACAUUUCACUACUAACCGGCAGGGCGGGAGGGUCUUUUGUGUUUGCAAGUCAAAGUUUAACUACAAAAAGGCAAUAGCUGGUAUCACUGCGGAACAUUGUCAUUCAGAGGUGGUUUUUGUUAAGAUAUCAGGCAUGAGGCGAGGACAGAACUGUUUAUCUUACGAAUACAUCAAAUUCUCUGACCAUUCUUGUAUGAAGGAAAUUGAGAUAUUUUUUGCUUCGCUGUGUUACAAGAGUGCAUGUCCUAUAAUGACCAAAGUAGAGAAGCCUAGUGUAAACUCUCCGCCCAACCCAGAGCAAACUGAAAACACCAGCACCUCAAAACUAGAUACUGAUAAGAUUAAAGUAAAGCUUAGGAAAAACAAAGAAGAGCAGACCGAGUUUUCCAUUACGUCAGAGUUUGAAAACACAGAAGCUGUAUCGUACCGAGUGGUAACAGGACAAAGUACAGACGAAGAAGCUGGCAACAGUCCAGAAACUAGUAUCUUCUCUCCCUGCCAGUAUCCAGGCAGAUCUUGUUCAACACCCAUCCACAACGUCAACUGCGAGGAUCUACAGGAACAUGCUAUAUAUCAUGAUCACAGCUCGAGGGAAAGCCACCCAUCUUCUGAGUUACCGUACUGUUAUUUUAAUGGGAGCGGGUCCCCGGAUUUAUUUGUAACGCCUUACAUCGGGAAUAGGUCCUCAGAUAUGACACCCUACAUUGAACCGCCCAUACCUUUAGAGUUGGAUUGGUUACCGUCGCCCAUUAAGUGUCAACACAACGGCACUGUUCAGUCGUAUGUGAAGCUCAGUGAUUGUGUUGGUCUGUCUUCUUUGGGCGAUGAAAUGUCCCCUGAUAUUGAUGACGAAUCCUCUGUAAAAGUAAGCCACCAAGUUAUUGUCCCAACAGUCUCACCUAUGUUUGUUUUUCCCCGCUGUGAUAUUGAAAUAAUCGCUAAUAGCCCAGUCUACAUUAACGGUAAGGUUUCUUACCCCUCUAGAAUUGGAAGUCCAACAACAGAAAAAGAACAGGUGAUCUUGAACGGAGGAGGUGUCGAGUUGGAUAACCACAAAUCUAAUGUCAGCACGCUUUAUGAGGAAAUGUUUCGAGAAACGCAACUUCCUGGGGAAGUAGUCAAGAUCGAUGAUUUUACUGAUUGUGUUGAAGUGCUGAAUGAAACUCCUGACUCAGUUGAAACCCUCUAUGUAAGUGAUACUGAAAGUGAGUCGGAGGAUGGGGCUGAGAAAGCUGGCCCAAUAGGGGACUACCUCCGGGGGCAGUACGCUCUGAACCAAAUGUUCAACUCGACGGUUAUAAAUAUCAGGGAAACGUUCAACACCUCCAGCUCCACUCUGAGCACUAACUACUACUCUUCUACUUUCAAACAGAGGAAGAAAGUAACAGAGGACGACCUUGCUGAAAGCCGGAUUGAAUUACUGCUUCCUAAAGUGGUCUGUAGUUCAGAUAUCACAGUCAAGAAUGACCAUAUUGUCGAAUCCGAGGCUGUCCGACAAACUCGUUACUUUCAGGAGAGCAAAAAUGAAUAUUUUCGACAACUAUCUGAAAUUACCAAGAAAUGCCAUGCUAUAACGUACAACAAAAAACCAAAGAAAAUUGGCAAAUCUUUGCCUGUGUCGAGGGCACUGUACAGUGACAGUAUCAACCUUUUAAAUGAUUACACCGAAGUUACUGAAGGCCAUCUUCGAGAUCUCGCUUGGAAACUGACUGUUGAUAAGAUUUCACCCAAAACCAUGCCGGUUCUAGAAAUUAAGAAACGACCAUUAUCCCCAGAAACUAAGAAAGAAGUGAUUGUCUCUAAGGAGCAAUUAUUUUCAUCAGACGCACAGAUUUUAACUGAAUCCGAUACGCAUCACCAUACCAGCAUACCUGAGGAGACUCUUCAGUCUCUGACGAUAGAGUCUAAGAAGACUCGCCAGUAUCCUAUUGUUGAGUCUAAGGAGACUCGUCAGUCUCCUAUUGUAGAGUCUAAGAAAACUCGCCGGUCUCCGAAUAUAGAAUGUGUGGAAACUGUUUGUAUCUCCCGUUCGUCGACACCAAAGUCAUCUAGAGGCACCAAAAAUACUGCAGCGACUCUUUCAAAAGACAAAGCAAAGAAGCGAAUAAAAACGCCGAGUUUGAUAACUUCUCAAUCAUCGGAUGACAUAUUUGAUAUGAUAUUUGGAAGCACUCCGACCUCCUUGGCUGUCAAGCGUGUUAAAAAGAGAACUAAGGAGUCGACGAGCCGGAAACGAAUCAACACAACUGAAAAUAACGUUAAAUAAUCGAGACAACACUAUCAAGGAAGGAAUUGUUCUUAUAUAUUUGUAUUCAUACGAUCGUUAUCGUUUUUAAUCAUAACCCGUUUCAAAUCAUAACCUUGAAACAAUAAAUCUUUUUAAAUUUGUAUUUAAUCUUCCAAUUUGGAGCGAAUCAAAAUCAUGAACGCGAAACGUUCUUGGUUUACCAUUUUUAUAUUUUUAUGCUCGGUAUAUUUGUAAAAAUUGUGCGGGUUUUGCUAAUUUAAAUUAAUAUUGUUUAAAUAAAUUGUUCAUGAAACAUAUUUAUCUUAUUUAUUGAAGCUCCAUAAUAAUUGUUGCUAUAUUUAUUACAUAAUCAAUUGGUGAUCAUUUUAUCACGUCUAGCUUGUGAGAUAUUCAGAUAAUUUCCAAUUUGCUAUAACCAAAUAUUUUUAAAAGAAUUGGAACAAAAAUGGUUCGAUGAGAAACUCAGGCUGGAUGAUUCGUUGUUAUAAAACCCAUCCAAUUCAGAUCUCGGUCAAAAUUGUGAUCCUGGUCGAACAUUCAUACUAAUUACUGUAAACCAAGUUUAAAUUAUGAUAGCC